GAUGAUUCAAGCAAUAUUAUUAUGGCUACUCAUAUAAUACUUACAGUACUCUGUAUCUCUAUUUUUUCUUUAUUAUUCCAAUCCUCUGUUUCUCAACCUGCUCCGAUCACUAAUUCUUCUCUAUGCAACGGCAUACUUAUCACCUAUAGUUAUGUUACUGGAAAAGAAAUUCCGCCGAUUAUUUCUUCGGCCGAUCCGACCAACCAGGCUUACCGGUUCGAGUCCAAUCUCACCGUUCUCAACAACGGUCCGGUCGAGCUCAAGAACUGGCGUGUUUUUGUAGGGUUCGACCACGGCGAGCUUCUAGUCUCAGCCAGCAACGCCGUCCUUGCUAACGGCACCACCCUGCCGGCUAACAUCAGCGGCGGCACCAUCUUUUCCGGAAGCCCUGGCUUCACCGACCUCAAAACGGCGAUCGAAACCGCCGGAAAUAUCGAUCAGAUGCGUGUCGUGGUGGAUUUGGUCGGCACGCAGUUCGGAGUGGGCCCGCCGAACGUCCCUCUGCCGGAUAAUCUCGUUCUCGCUAACGACGGCUACUCGUGUCCUAAUCUCACAACCCAAGGUAACCACAUGAGUGUUUGUUGCGUACCCGAUCCCAACGCGAAAACAAACGUAUCGGUUAACGGAGCUUUCUCCCCUCUCCAGUUCGGAGAUGUUACAAUUAUGUACGAUGUGACCGUGACGCACGAAAGUAACUAUUGGGCACAAGUCACUAUCACGAACAACAACUCCUUCGGACGAUUAGAAAAUUGGAACUUAAGCUGGGAUUGGACGGAAGGCGAGUUCAUAAGUACAAUGAGAGGCGCUUACCCUAAAAUCGUAGAUUCCGGUGACUGCAUAUUCGGCAGGCAAGGCCAAUUCUACAAAGACCUCGAUUUCUCCAAGGUUUUAUCCUGUGAAACGAGGCCCACAAUAAUCGAUCUCCCGAUUACUAAAGCCAACGACACAAUCCUAGGAUUAGUCCCGUUUUGCUGUCGUAACGGGACUAUUUUAUCACCUAAGAUGGAUGUGAGCAAAUCCAAAUCAUCCUUUCUAAUGCAAGUCUACAAAAUGCCACCAAAUUUGAACAAAACCGAACUCUCCCCUCCCAUAAAUUGGAACAUCAACUCCACAAUCGGGCCGGCUUAUCAAUGCUCGCAACCUAUUAGGGUCGACCCGACCCUAUUCCCCGACCCGUCGGGUCUCCCUUCCUACACGUCCGCGGUCGCCACCUGGCAAGUCGUCUGCAACACAACACACGUCGAAUCAAAAAAGCCCAAUUGUUGCGUAUCGUUCUCCUCGUUCUUCAACGACUCUGUCGUCCCGUGCAAUACGUGUGCAUGCGGGUGCGAUAGGGUCGACCCGAGGAACGAGAAGAACGUGUGCAGCGCGACUGGACCCGCACUCCUCCUCCCUUCGGAGGCGUUGCUGGUCCCGUUCGAGAACAGGACGAAACUAGCGGAGACUUUCGCGAGGCUCAAAAGGCGCGAGAUUCCGAACCCGUUGCCAUGCGGGGACAACUGUGGGGUCAGCAUCAACUGGCACGUGCUCUCGGAUUACAAAAAAGGGUGGACCGCGAGAAUCACGCUUUUCAAUUGGGACGAAACGGACGUUGUCGAUUGGUACGCGGCGGUCGAGCUGAACGAGGCGAUGCCGGGGUUCGAAGAGGCGUACUCCAUGGAUGGGAAAGUCAUGAGUGGCGAACAUAACAACACGCUUUUUCUGCAGGGGUUACCGGGUCGUAAUUAUUUGAUUGCGGAAAAAAAUGGAUCCAACCCGAAGAAAGAUCCGCGCGUCCCCGGAUCAAUGCAGUCGAUUAUAUCUUUUGUUAAGAAGAAAACACCGGGGAUCAAUGUGCCACGUGGCGAUGGAUUUCCGACGAAAGUUUAUUUCAACGGUGAAGAGUGCUCGCUUCCGACAAUACUUCCAAGCAUGGGGCAUAGGCUGAAUCAUGUCUCUGCUGUUUUUAGCUGCAUUCUGUUGAUUUUCGUUUUAAUUAUGCAUUAGUAUAUAUAUAUGAUAUAUGUAUAAUGUAUGUAAUGAGUGUCAAAUUCUUCAUUCUUUUUCAUGUAGUUGAGCUUUAAUUAAUUUUACCUUAUUAAGAAAUUCCGUUGGUGCUU